UAGCUGAACAAUACGAGCUUUUCGAGACGGUUAAGGCAUUUCUACACAAAUCCGAGUCAUUCUUAAAUUUUUCCAAUAAUCAUUAUCCGACAACCUGGAGUUGAACCUUGGGUAGACUCUUAGAGCGCAGGUCACCAAAUGACCUAAAAUUUGGCAGUGAUGUUGGAGUUAGCGAGGAAGUUUAUUAAUUUUGGUGGUUUGUUCAUUGUUGUACAUAGAAAUUCAGCUUAGAGUGCCAAUGGAGAACUAUCAUUGCACCACAAUACCUUUAAUUUGCGCAGAAGUUAUACAAGAAGCAAGGGAGUUCCAUUAUUUUUUUCAGUUCGUUGUGCAUUGAAAUUCAGGUGACAGCGCCAAUUGAGGUUCUUGGUAGGACUGCUGAAGAAUUGCAGUUGAAAAAAAAAACUUACAUUGGUAUGGAUAUCCAGUUUGAUUGGGAACGAAGAGAUGCAUUUGUGCGGCAACCAAAUGGCACACUGUUCAGCUGGUCCGAACGUUAUCAGUGUCUGAUUCAUUUAAGCUAUGGUGUGGUUAAUGAGUUGAAUGUACAUGUAAUUUUAACUAUUGUUGAAGAAAGUCGGGACAUUGAAUGGAAAUCUGAGGAGCCUUUGAUUGAAAGACUGCAAAUUGAGGGCAUUGUCAAAGAAGUAUUUCCCCUUCAUGAUGAAAAUCAGAGGAAUGAGCUUUUGCAAAAAUGGGCAUACAAUUGGAUGGACUUGACCUCACAGCCAAUAGAUGCAAUUUAUUCGUACUUUGGAGCUAAGGUAGCUACGUAUUUUUCCUUCUUAGGCAUGUACACCAAAUGGAUACUAUUUCCAAGCGUGUUGGGGAUAUUUUUCCAUUCUGUAAAUUUUGGGUCUUGGAGGGUGGUUGUACUAUCCAUCUUUUUCAUGAUAGUAAUAUUAUGGAGUGUUUUAUUUUUACAAUUUUGGAGGCGUAAGAAUGCUAAACUCUUGCUCAGGUGGAAUACGAGUCACUCAGGAAAUGUGGAACCAGGGUCUAGAUCCUAUGCAUCUGAGCAGCAUGCUUUGAGUCAGCUUACCCCUGGUGGAGUGAUUAUAGGACCAAAUAACAUGCCUCCAAAUGAGCAGCGCACUACCCUACAGAGACAUGAAUGGCAUGAAAAUUUCAAAAGUUUGAGAAACAAUGUAAUUGUUAUUGCAGGAAUCCUCUGCCUCCAGUUACCAUUUGAAUUGGCAUAUGCUCACUUCAACCACAUAAUUCAUUCACAGAUUUGGAAGUAUGCAUUAACAGUUUUGUAUGUUUUGACUAUUCAAUAUUAUAUGAAGUUUGGUGGAAACAUUGCUGAAAGGCUUGUUAAAACCCAACAUCACAAUAGCAAAGAAGCUCGAGCAGACUGUUUAGUUUACAAGGUUUUUGGCCUGUACUUCAUGCAAUAUUACAUUGGCUUGUUCUAUCAUGCAUUUUUUCGUCGGGAUAUCAAACUUCUCAGAACAUUUUUGAUUCAACGACUGAUUGUAUCCCAGGUGUUGAGCAAUGUCGUAGAGAACCUAGGUCCUUACGUAAAAUACCACUAUACGAAAUACUUUGCCAUCAAAAGGGAACGUAAGGGACAUUUUCCUCAGCAUACAUCGAGAAUAGAAAAGGAAUACAUGAAGCCUUCAUAUACCGCGAGUGUAGGAGAGGGGAUGGAAGAUGGGCUUUUUGAUGAUUUUCUGGAGUUGGCAUUGCAGUUUGGAAUGGUCACCAUGUUUGCUUGUGCAUUUCCUUUGGUUUUUGUUUUUGCAGCUGUGAAUAAUCUGAUGGAGAUUCGUACAGAUUCCUUGAAGCUGUUAGCCUUGCUACGAAGGCCAAUUCCACGUGCUGCAUCAAGCAUUGGAGCAUGGUUAAACAUUUUUGAGUUCCUGGGAGUGAUUGCAAUCUGCUCAAAUUGUGCUCUUCUGGUGUGUUUACAUCAUGAAGAUGGAAAAUGGGAAAAAGGACCUGGAUUGGUAACCAUUGUCCUAAUUGAGCACGCAUUACUCUUGAUGAAGUUUGGGUUUAGCUGCUUGGUGCCCGAGGAGCCUGCAUGGGUGAGAGCAACUCGCAUGAGACGUGCACAAGAUCGGGAUAUGUGCUCUGCACAACUCCUGCAGAACAUUUUUGAGCUUGACAAGAAGAAAGAUUGUUAGUUUUCUGUCGAAUAAUAUUUGAGAUUUCAUUAAAUUUAUGUUUCUGCAUGUAGAAUCUUCCCUAGUAAAUAAAUGUAUUCUGUAACUGCUGUUUCUGAUGGUCUCUUUAUUCUUUCUUUCCAACAUUUUUUUUGAUGGAGAUUGAUCUUCAUCAUUUGGAAUGUACACCGCAAGGAUAUUAGAGCUUUUAGGCCGGGUAUUUGAGCCUACUUAUGUAAAACUGGAACAUUUUGCUAGUGUUUGAUUGUUCUGAAAUUUUGGCUUUGAAAUUUGUUGAGAUUUGGUUAGGGUGUUCUCAUUUGUUCCAAUUUUGUUAAAAACUAAUUUCAAGGUUAUCUGGAGAUUUUUAGAAUUAUUGAA